AUGAUCUUCGGCGGCCUGGAGGUAAUUGCCGGCGGCUAUUUCGCCCAUAAAUACUACAAGAACAAAAACGAGAAGAAAAGACUAGAAGAUGAGGCUCAACAUCGGAGAAACAACACGUUUCCCAGCAAUGGACUGUCUACUUAUCCGUUAAAACCGCAAUUCCAGCACCAAGAGCAACGCCUACAACAUCGGCCACAGCAGACAACUCCACCACAGAAGUAUGCGUGUCAUGCACCAACACCACCUCGACCACAAUGUCAGGGUCGGCCUCGUCCACAGCAGGUGAGACCGAAACCAAGUCACACUCAGUCGUUUACGAUACAGCGUCGACCUGUACCGCAGCGCAAGCCUGAUAUCAUCGUCCAGCCCAGUCUGCAACGAGCUGAUUCCAUGGCCACGUUGUCACGCAUGCCUAUCGCCAACGGUUACCGACCAUCGAAUCAGGCUGGCCAGAAUUCACCGCCACGAUACCAAACGAGCGGUCUCUCGCCCAUCCAGCAAUCACCUUAUGGCAAUGCUGCUUUUUCGAUUUCUUCACCAGCCUUCGGCGCAACACCUACGUCACCGCCUGUUAGCUAUGUCACGGCACCUGAGGGAGGAAGGCAUACAACCGAAGACAACUGGGAGACCUACGAGCAUCAAGCUCAUCGGUACUCGGCGUAUGCGCCAACGGAAGCAUCAACGCAGUUGGGCGAGCAGGAACCUCCGCCCCCAUAUGCGCCAUGA